UGGGGGGCAUGCAUCUGUCCGUUUUGAUAAUACCCCUAUGCUUCGUUCGUUGUGCGCGCGUACCGCAGUGAGGGAGAACGUCCGCCUCUCACCCCGCCCUCAGCAAGCAGACUCCCCCCCUUAUUCAUAGUUGCCGUUGCGGGCACAAGAGCUCGACCAGCACUUAUCUCUCUGUCUCCCCUUCAGGCGCCAUAUUUGCGUGAAGCAGAGGCCCCUGUUUAGUAGGAUCGGUCUCCGUGCAAAUGGCUGCUGUUAGUUUUGUCCAGACCUGAAAAUACAGCCACCUCCUGUAGUUUGAGCUACAAUUUUUCAAACAGCACAACAAUAUUAGCAUUACCGGGAAGGCUGAAGGUUUUCUCGGGUCUGUUCCGGUAUUUCCCGGUGUCUCGGUCCUCAGGAUGGAGGCUUUGUUACAAGAAAUGCAGAAGAACGAGAAGAUAGGAACAAUCUAUGGUUCCUGUGAAUUGGAGCUACAAGAACUCAUGAAGCAGAUCGAUAUCAUGUUGGAUCACAAGAAGACGGAGUGGGAAGCCCAUACUCAGACGCUGAACACUCUGCUGCAACUCCGGGACCAGGAGCUCAGUUCUGCCAGAACACGAGAAGAAUGGCUGAAUCAGGAGAUUAAAUCUCUGACAAAACAGCUGGCGGAACAUGAGGAAAACAGCCUCAUAAAGACAACAGACUAUGAGUCUCAGCUGAAACGCUUCCAGGAAGAGCUCAACAAGUUGAAAAAAACAUAUGAGAAGGUUCAGAGGAGACACCAGAGGCUGGAGGUGAAAAGCAAAGUUGAGGAGGAAAGGUCCGAGGUCAGCCGCCUUACACGCAGGCUAGAGGAGUUCCGGCAGAGGUCUCUGGACUGGGAGAAGCAACGUCUGAUUUAUCAGCAGCAGGUGGCAGGACUGGAAGCGCAGCGCAGGACUUUAGCUGAACAGGCUGAGAUAUACCAGCAGCAGUCUCAGAGCCGCAAACAAAUGCUGGAACAAACUAGUUUGGCUGGUCGAUCGGAGCUGCAACAUCUCGGCGGCCAGCUGGUACGGGCUAAUGACAGCCUUUGUGCCAGAGAAGAGGAAGUUGAAAGUCUGAGAUUACAGCUGGAGUCCGCUGCUGCAGGACGGGAGAGAGCAGAGCGUGAGCUUGAGCAAGCUCAGCAAACCAUAAAGGUUCUCCAGGAGGAGAAAGCUGAGCUGCGGGCAACCAUACAAGCUCACACGGACUUCCUCCAAGGCUCUAAAGCACAGAAAGAAGAGCUACACAGAGAGAUGUGCAGGGUAAAUCAUAUGCUGAGAGACAAGGAGAACAGCAUCAGGUCAUUAGAAGAAAGGUUAAUAGAGUCCAGGCUAUCAGAUGAACGGGAAGAGGUUGGAGUGAUGAGCUCUCGGCUGUCAAUCAGCCGUUUGAACGAGCAGAGGCUACAGGACGAAGUGACCCGUUUGGAAGACCAGGUUUCUUUAGUAACACACCAGUGUCAGCAGCUCACCAAGGAAAUGAAGAGCAAGGUGGAAGCUCAGAAGCUCUUAGAAGAGGAACACAAGAAAUGCUGCACAGAGAUUAAGAAACUGAAGAGUCAGCUCUCCCAGGCGGAGCUUUCAUACAGCAGUGUCCUGGAUGGGAUGAAGAAGGAGGUUUCGCAGCUGACUCAGGAGCUGCACCAGCAGAGCAUAGGUAUUGCAUCUUCCAGUAAUUCAGCCAAAGACUGGGAGAGGAAGCUUAAUGCUGAGAAGGACAGAGCUGACCGAGAAGCUGCAGAGCACAAGGUUUCUCUUACAGCAUUGGAAACCUUACAAGCAGAGAACCGGCAGCUGACUGAGAUCCUGGAAAAGCAAGAGCCGGAUGUGCGGCUGGCUUUGGAUAACCUGGAGUGUGAGAACAAGAGACUGCAGAAAGAAUUGUCACAGACCAGAAGAAAUCUGGAGCUUGUUCUGCAGACGAGACCGUCUGACAUUCAGAGUGCAGUGGAGAGGAGAUCCCAGGAACUGUUGAGCCGACACGAAGAGGAGUUGAAGGCACUGAAUGAGCAUCUGAAUAAGGUGUCGCAGCGAUAUGAAGAGGUGCUGCAGACUCUCCACUCCCAGCAAGAAGCUGCCUUUAUUCUGAAAGGCUUAAGCAGGACAAGCUCUCUGGACAAAGGAGACGAUGGAGAUGUCCAAGAUGGAAAUGAGGAUUCCUGCCUGGAGCCGCAGCUCCCGAUGCCGCCCUCCUCACCAGCCAAUGCUAUCGCCUCACGUUUCCUGCAAGAGGAGGAUCUGCGGUCACAGGAUCUUCUUCAGCGACUGGACUCUCACAUUGAGGAGUUGAAGCAAGACAGUCAGCGAACAAUUCAGCACUUCACUGAUGCCAGUGAAUUCAAAUCAAGUACACUAUGUAAAAAUCCAAGCCGUCUGUUAAGAGUGUAAUAUAUUUUAUAUAUAUAUAUAUAUAUAUAGGUCUUCAUUUUUUCAUUAACACAAUAUAAACAGUGUUACGCAGAUGUCGCGUGUAGCCUGGCCACAAUGUAAGUAGCCUGCUUGUUGGUGUAGACAUGAUGGGACAAAUGUAAUGGCCUGCGAGAUGGCCGGAGCUCCGAGACUCCAGCCGAACUCGGACGUUUUUUUAAAACAGCCUCGCAAGCCAUUACAUCCGGCCUUAUGUGUGAAAUAAUAUGUUCUAGUUAAGGAGUUUUGGACUUCAGCUGUUGAAUAACAUCCCCACAUUUAAUACUGAUUGUAACUAACCUGCCGCCCCCUCUUACAAGUAUAUUCAUGGGGGUCCCUCACCCUUUCUUGUACUUUCAUUAAAUACUGGAGGCCUAAUUCUAAGGUUGGGAGCAACACAAAAAGAGCAAGUAACUGUGCACUUGUAUAGAACCCUGGUGCUUCGCCGGGGGUGGGGAAUGGGUGGGCCGUGCAGAGUCUUAGAUCUGAGUGGGUCAUGUCCAAACGUAAUUCUAAAUAGCAGUUGCCUAGUAAUUGCGGGCUACAUACAAAGCAGCCAGUGUUUACCCUGCAUGCAGAUUAAUAAGUGUAUUUGCCCCCUUGAAUUGCAGCAAAGUUUCUCCAGAUACACAGUUACUUGCCUGCUUUGCUCCCACCUGAGAGUCAGGCCCUGGUUGGAGAGGACACCAGCAGCACCAACAGGCAUCUUUACAGGUCCCGGAUUUUAUAUGCAUACCGGGGCCCUGCUGAGUACCAUAGAUGGUGGAUUUCCUGGGAAUAAAUGUGUCUGCCCUAUUAUUUAUUUCUCCGUACUUCUGCAGCAAUCUUCUGGCAUAGACUUAUUUUCUUCCUUUUAAACCUUCUGAAUUUUAAAUUUCUCUAUGGAAAUGUUUUAUUAUGUUUAGGUAAAAAGAUAUUUGAGAACUUUGUUGGUUAGAUGUUGUAUGUACUCUUGGUGAUCCCACUGCACAGCCACCACCAUGAGGCCAUCUAACAAUACAGACCCUGUACUUUUACAGACAUGCUUGUUUGUUUGUUUGUUUGCAUUUGGAUACAUUUUAAUUACAGCAAAUGUCGUAUUUAUUGCAUAGAAGUCAUUCAUUCUUAAUUGUUUGUGUACAUUCUGUAUGUGCGUUUUCAUAAUAUUUAUUAUAACUCAGUUCAUGUACUGACUCUUUGGGGUUUAUUUAUGAAGCAGCCCGUCACUUCCGAUCUUGUUGAUAUAUGAGAUUUAAAAGGGCAAUGCUGUUAUUAGCAUGACACAGCUAUUAAAUGCUUUCCCUUUAUAAAUAUCUGGCAUAAACACAUUCAGAAGCUGCGGGUUUUACAACACGACACUUGUAAAUAAAACCCAUUGUUAAUUUAUUUGAUUUUUUUUUGUAUACACUGUGAAUGGACUGCCUAUUCUUAACUUUGAUGUACAAAAUUUGUAUAUUUAAAGAUAUAUUUUUACAUUGCAAAUAAAUUAUAUAAUUUAUACACUGAA